CUUGGAGUUAGAAGCGGGGAAGGAGGUCCGGGCUUCGAGGUGCCGGGGUGACAAAGGCGGACCAGGCUGUCUGCUUGGGGUGAUCCGCACAGCCCCAAGCGGGAUGGAUGCCCCGCUACGGACUCUGAGUGUAGGAGGUGGGGCCUGAGCCCCGAGCCGGGGGCCAGUUCCGAGCAAUCUAAAGGCCCUGCGGGUGUGCACUGGCUAAGCCUGAGGAACGCAGGGUCAGGUGGAGGGGAGUUUCCGUUCCAGAUGCUGGAGCAGAUGCUGGAGGACAUCGGACACACUCGGAGCCCUUUUGUGCCAUUCUGUAUUGGUUUUUUACUGCAGAGCCUUUAAAGGGGUCCAGAGACUGGAGUCUUGCCACUGAGUGACCUCUGUUGCUCUUUUCUCCUGGCCUCACUUGUCUUCCUGUGAAAUGGGAGUGAGCCGGAGCCUUAUGCAGACUGGGUUCCAAGGCCCUCAGGGGCCUGGAUGACUGUGUUUCCCUAUUCACCCUUCCCUUGAGUCCCAAAGUGCAGAGUCGUGGCUGCUGCCCCCUGAUGUCACCCUGUGCAUGUGUAUUCACCGAGGAGGUGCAGGUGUGGCCGUGUCAGAGUGCCCCCGCUCAGUCGUGCCUGCGGAGGGGCCGUGAGUGUGUGUUGUUGCCUUCAUCAUGGCACAAGAGGACAAGGGGGCGUGGGGUGGAGGCUGGGCAGAGGCCCCUGCAUCUUUAAACAGAUCCUCAAGUUUGCCAUCCAGACUUGGGAGUGAGUUACUUGGAGAGUGAUAGGAAAGCACUGAUGUUUUUAAAUAUGCGGUUGUUUUUCUGCAGCACCCUUAGGACGUACCUGCCUCUCUCGACUGUCCCCAUCUUCUGCACGGGCAUCACCUGGACUGUGGGCCUUAUCCCCCUGGAUUCUGCUGGGUGCUGUUAUUCCCUGCUCUGUGCGAGCCUAGCAGGUCCAGCACCCACAGCUGGCCCUGGGCACCACGGCAGCUGAUUUCUGGUCCUGGAUCCGCUUCAAAGGCUCUUUCCAGGCUUCUCUGUGUCUUUCCAGCUCUUUUUGUAAAGGUCUCAAGGGCAAGGGCGAGGAAGGCCUCAAGAUAGCAGCCUGCUCACCUUGUCCUGUCCAGGAGGGCCUGGCCACGGAAGGGACCAGCCACACUGACCCUUGUGCCAGGACUUGUCCCAAGGGUUGGUCUCUGCGGGCUCUGUCACGUUCCCCAUCACCGCCCCAGAAAAACUGCCACAGGAGACCAGAACAUUGAAGCCAGUGAUUUCUGUUUGGAAAUAGGGUCGUCCUCUGCUGCUGACCCCCAUCAAAUCCCAUCAUGCCCACAGCCCUGUGCCCCCGAGUCUUGGCUCCAAAAGAAAGUGAGGAGCCCAGGAAAAUGAGGAGCCCCCCAGGAGAGAACCCCAGUCCCCAGGGCGAGCUUCCCAGCCCUGAGUCCUCUCGCCGCCUCUUCCGCCGUUUCCGCUACCAGGAGGCGGCGGGCCCCCGGGAGGCCCUGCGCCGCCUCUGGGACCUGUGCCAAGGCUGGCUGAGGCCUGACAGGCACACCAAGGAGCAGAUCCUGGAGCGGCUGGUGCUGGAGCAGUUCCUGUCCAUCCUGCCCCGUGAGAUCCAGGGCUGGGUGCGGGCCCAGGAGCCCGAGAGCGGCGAUCAGGCUGUGGCCGCCGUGGAGGCACUGGAGCGGGAGCCCGGGCGGCCCUGGCAGUGGCUCAAGCACUGUGAAGACCCCGUGGUGAUUGAGGAUGGGGAUGGCCCUCCAGACCGGGAGCCAGAACAACUGCCGGCAGAAGCCCAGAGUGACCUCGCAAAGAGUCAGGACAGCCAGCCCACAGCUGUGGCGCAGGGCCCCGGGCUCCCGAGCAGAACCGUGGGCCAGCCCGGCGGGAAUCCAGUCCUGCAAGAGCCUGCUGUUCUCCAAGAUGCAAGUCUGAAGGACCCGCAGCAGGUGACUGCCCUGCAGCUGCCCCCGAACCGGGUUUCUCCUUUCAAGGAUAUGAUCUUCUGCUUCUCGCAAGAGGACUGGUCCCUACUGGACCCUGCGCAGACGGGCUUCUAUGGAGAGUUCAUCAUCGGGGAGGACUGUGGGGUCUCGCUGCCUCCAAGUGACCCGGGCACCCAGCUGAAUCUCUCCCAGGGAGAGGAGAAUGAGCCCCGGGUCCCAGAGUUGCAGGACCUGCAAGGGAAGGAUGUGUCCCAGGUGUCCUACUUGGACUUCCCAGGUCUCCAGCCUUUCCAGGUAGAGGAGAGAAGGAAACGGGAUGAGCUGCAGGUGCCCGAGUUCCAGACCUGCCCCCAGACGGCGCUCACUCAGAGCUCCUGCCCAGCCGGAGGGGACGCGCUGACCCCAGAGAACGGCCUGGACGAGGAGGUGACCAUCGAGAUCGUCCUGUCCAGCUCCGGAGACGAGGACUCCCAGCUCGGGCCCUACUGUGCGGAUGAGCCACGGGGCCCCACGGAGAAGCCGCGCAGCCUCCCAGCUUCGCAUCGCAGUGGCGCGGAGCCCGGGGGCGAGGUGCAGACGUCCUCCAAAAAGUCCUACAUCUGCCCCAACUGCGGGAAGAUCUUCCGUUGGCGGGUCAACUUCAUCCGGCACCUGCGCAGCCGCAGGGAGCAGAAGCCGCACGAGUGCUCGGUGUGCGGGGAGCUGUUCAGUGACAGCGAGGACCUGGACGGGCACCUGGAGAGCCACGAGGCCCAGAAGCCCUACCGCUGCGGCGCUUGCGGGAAGAGCUUCCGCCUCAACUCGCACCUGCUGUCGCACCGGCGCAUACAUCUACAGACCAGCGGACUGGAACAGGUGCAGAAGGCGGAGCCGGACACGGCGUCGGGGACCGUGGGCGGGGGUCCCGGCGGCCUGCUGGCCUUCCAGUGCUGCGACUGCGGGCGGGCAUUCCAGCGGCCUGAGCAGCUGGCGCGGCACCGCAGCAGCACCCACCUGCGGGACUCGGCGCGGCCCUUCCAGUGCCGCUAUUGCGUCAAGAGCUUCUCGCAGAACUGCGACCUGCUCCGCCACCAGCGCCUGCACAUGAAGCGCCGCUCCAAGCAGGCCCUCAACUCUUACUGAGGCGGCCACGGCCCUGCCCGGCCCCCUCCCACGGUGCACCUGCCCCGGGACCGACGCCGCGUCCUCCUGCCCUUCGUUCUCAGGUAGAAAUGAGAUAGUGGCCGACUGAGCAUGUGCUCUGGCUCUGCUGUGCCAAAUGGCAGGGAGGGCGUGUCUACACCAGCUUUGACUCUCCGUGUCCGCAGGUCCUAGAGAAGCGCCCCCUCCAGAUGGUCCCAGGCAGGCAGGGACGGGACCACCCCCUGCCAUGGUCAGCCCCUGGGGGUCUGUCCCUUGCCGGCCAGUGUCAAAUACACUCCCAUAAAUUCGUGUCUGACACCUUCCCUCCCCCUGUACUGAGGUCUGGGGGUACCUGUACAUCUGUCUGACAGCAAGAAGGUUGGGGUGUGCUGAUUGGCAAGGGGGCUCUUGCCUUUGGGCUGUGACCACAGGGCUUAGCACACCAGGCCAUGUCUUGUCAUCAGAAGUCUGAGUCCCUGUCACCCCUAUGCCCAUAGAAACAACCUACUGUUAUCAGGCAGCCCUUUCAGGCUCAAACCGUGGUGGGGGCUUUAUAGCUCCUACAGAAGGUAAACACCUACCCUUUCAUUUGUGAUGAUAUCUGCUUAUUAGGGAACAUGAGUUCAUCGAAGGCAAAGCCCACAUUUUAACCUGUAGCACACCCUCCCCUAAAUGUUGUUUCUUUGUACCCUCCAAGGGCUUCAUGAGAGGUGGUGGGGUGGACGUGCAGUCCAUCAAGGCCAGGAAUGGGGGCUCAGCCCCCAGGGAGGGUGUUCUGUUGUGUCUGGGUGAGCUGAGCUGGGGAAACAACCUCAGGUGAAGUCAUGCACGUAUGACUUAGCAUGCUGGUUGUAGUCGUUCAUGAGAGCUCCUGAGAAACCAGAUGGCUCAGAACAACAAAGCCAUCGUCUUGGUUCUGAAGGCACAAGUCCAAGGUCUGGCUCUCUGCAGGGUGGCCCCUUGCCAGGGAGGCUUUUUCCUGUCUCCUGUUGCCCCCCAGGCUUGCGGGCAAUUGCUGAUGCUCCAGAAGCAUUGGCCCAGCUCUGCUGUAUCCUCACAUGGUGCCCUGUGUAUGUGUCUGUCCCUUUCUGUAAGGACCCCAGUUGUAUCUAAGGCCUGCCCGUCCUACCCCAUACACUCCCAUCUUUACUAAUUACAUCUGCCGCAGCCUCGUUUCCAAACAAGGUUACACUCCGUUGUGCCAGGGUUCGAGUUGUGGGGGCUGGGGACACAGUUCAGCCCACACCACCACAUAGUCCUGCAGCUCUCAUCCCCAAUCUGCACAACACAGUAGUUAGCUCUCCCUUCCACCGGAACCAUGAUUCAGACCCAAGCUGCUGCUCCUGGGGGAGUGUCCUCCGCACAAGACCCUUCAUCGUCUAGCCUGGCAUUCUGGACGGGGAAUGGCUGGCAGUGGAGCCUCAGACCUUGGUGACUGUGGUCUUACUGCUCCAGGAAGAACUGACCGAGUCUGCUAGGCCCAGUGACAAGAAGGCGUGGGGAUGGAUGAGCAGCUGUGGCCCAUUGUCAAACCCAGCGACCAGGCGGGUGUCCUGUAGUUGUACCACUGCCAGUUUGCUCUUUGUCAUCCACCUCAUUGUCAUAUCGAGACACCACUCCCCCAAACCCAGUGAAAGAGUUACAAGGUCCUAGAGUUAAAUGACGGCUGUGCCUGUGUAGAUGCAUCUACGUACUCAGGAGCAGUAAAUGCAGUAAAACCCUUUGGUCACACCCUCAAUAAUAAACUAUUGGGGCUCUUUGUUUCUAAAGAGUUUGCCAUUUUUAUUGAUCUGUCAGGAAAUGGGGAGAAGAAACCCCCAGAAUCUUUUAAGGCUAAUGGAAAAUUCCAAAUAGAAGCCAAACUGCACAUUUAUCCCAUCCAACUGUGCUUUGGCCAAAGGUUCCAUUGGUGGUGAGUGUGUUAACCCACCCACUGCAGACGUGUAUCUAAGAGGAAUAUUGCCCCACUUAAUCAGUGUAUUUUACAUGUAGGUUCUGAUCAUAAAUAAUAAACAAAUGGAAUGUACCAGAACUGAAACCUAAAAGGAGGCUGUGCAUUUCUUCAGUGUCAGUCAGAUAUUGUGAGGCAGCCUCCCAUUCAAUGACCCAAAGCUGACCAAGGCACCUAGCAAACCAGGAGUCGACAUUGCUCCUGGAAACCAUCAUGGGUAAUGUAGCUCCAAUCCCAGGUUCAUCCCAUGCAGAGGAAGCCAGGGAUACCCAUGUUGCAGAAAGCUUCAGGUAAUACGAGGGCUUACCUGCUUGGUUCCUCCCUCCCUCUGUGGGGACUGGGCAGGCAGGUGAGGGUGCCACGGAGGCUCAGGAGACUGCACAUCUGAGAAGCAUCUGCUCUCCCUAUUCCUGAUCCCUUGGCAUUGUUCCCACAAACUGAACAGGUGCAUAAUAAAAAAUUCACUGAAUUAA